CUUCCUUUUUUACCACCUCCUUUUACCACCUCUUCCUUUGGUGAUGUGUGCGCCUCUAACCAGAGUAACACAGCAAACGGAAGUGUCUUUUUUUCCGCAGGGAAUAAUCCCCGAUUACAGAUCUACCGCUGUUGUUGAUAUUCGGUAUUUAAGAGGUGUCGCAGCUUGAGCAUGGCCCCCAAAAGAAGAGCUGCCUCUGCUGCACAGGCAGGUGGAAAAAAGGUCAAAGAGGAGCCCAAAGAUGCCUUCACCUCUACUAAAGAGGCGCUCCUGGCUGCAGGGCCACAAAAUAAAGGGAAAAGGAAAGUGGAUGAGCACUGUAACCUGUCUUCAACAGGAGAGGUGCAUGAAGACUAUGACUGCAUGCUCAACCAAACAAACAUAGGACACAACAACAACAAGUUUUACGUCAUCCAAGUUAUAAAAGAAAACAACUCAUACUAUGCAUGGAACCGAUGGGGAAGAGUGGGGGAAGUGGGAAAAUACAAACUGACUCCAUUUGCUAAGCUUGAGUUGGCUGUGAAAGAUUUUGAGAAGAAGUUUAAGGACAAAACAAAGAACAACUGGGGUGACCGGAUGAACUUUGUCUCUUACACUGGGAAGUACACACUGAUUGAGGUGGACGGUGAGCAGGAUGCUGAGGUCAAGGUGGAUACUGUUGAUGGAAAAGCAGUCCCAAAAAAUGUCCUCCCAAGCACUCUUGAUGACGCUACACAGAAACUUAUUAAGCUCAUUUUCAGCAACGACAUGUUCAAGGAGGCGAUGGAAUGCAUGAAUUUAGACAUCAAGAAGAUGCCUUUGGGUAAGCUCAGUAAGGCACAGAUUGCAAAGGGCUUUGACGUUUUGGAGGAGAUCGUAGCUGCUAUGAACCAAAAAGGUGGAAAAGGACACCUGGAAGAACUCUCAUCAAAGUUCUUCACCACAAUUCCUCACAACUUUGGCAGGACCAGACCUCCAACCAUUAACACCAAAGAGAUUGUUGAACAGAAAAAGGAGAUGCUUAUGGUGCUGGCAGACAUUGAGCUCACCCAGACGCUGAAGUCAGAAACAGAGAAGGCUCAGGACGAGAUGAUAGAAACAGUUCAUCAUCCCAUUGACCAAGACUAUAUGUCUCUCAAAUGCAAGCUCUCUUUACUGGCCAAAAAUGCACACAUGUAUAAGAUCAUUGAGAAAUACAUGAAGGCGACUGCAUCUAGCUAUUGUAAGCCAAAGCUUCUCAAUAUUUGGGAAGUGGAUCGGGAGACAGAGGGAGAACGCUUUAGUGAGAACGACAGUCUAGAGAACCGCCGCCUGCUGUGGCACGGUACGAACAUAGCAGUGGUGGCAGCUAUCCUGAAGAGCGGCCUGAGGAUAAUGCCCCAUUCAGGAGGCCGUGUUGGCAGUGGGAUCUAUUUUGCCUCUGAAAACGCCAAAUCUAUAAGUUACGUGCGUCCCUCAAACAACACUGGAGUGAUGUUUCUGAGUGAGGUGGCUCUUGGGAAGGAGUUCACCAUUACCAAAGAUGACUGUACCUUGAAGAAGGCUCCUGCAGGUUAUGACAGCGUGGUUGCACGAGGCAACGUGGAACCGGAUCCGUCUAAAGAUAUUGUCAUCACCAUCGAAGGCAAGAAGGUUACUGUUCCUCAGGGAGAUACCAUCCAGCAGCCCCAGUACUCUGAAAGCUACUUUAGCAACAGUGAAUAUCUGAUCUACAAGGAGAGCCAGUGUCGCCUUCGCUACCUGCUUGAGAUCGAAAUACGUUAAAGGUUUUGCUUAAAGAGAGAAGGAAGAUUGUGCGGUUCCUGAAGGAUGGUUGUUUCUACUAUACUGCAUAAGCGUCUCUUUCUGUUCUGUGCCCUAUGAUCGUAUGCAGGACCCAUAGAAUGUGCUUUGGUUUUACACAUACUUUAUUAGUAAAUAAUAAUAAUAAUAUUCGGUACUCUGUAAAAGAUGUUGAUCUUUCUUAAUGCGAUUGGUAAUCUUUAGUUGACCAUGUUGAAAUGUUCAAAGGUUUUGUGUGCACUCUGGGGUUUUUGAAUGAUAUCCCACAACUUUAUCCGACAACCUUAUAUGCUUAUGUAUUGGUUAGCAUUGGGAAAAUUAUUAUUUUCCAGUUAAAGCAGAAUACAUGUAAUUAUAUGCAAAACCUGCUGCUUAAUUGAUAAAGGUUGGUUGACAAAGAGGGGGGAAAAAAACGUUUGUUUACUUUCUGACAAAGGUCUGACAAAAUGGUCUCUUUAAAAAAGGUAACAUUUAAGUUAUUUAACAGAGACUUCCAGUAUGGAUUUGCACCUCCAUAUUCUGAAUAACAAAAGUAGAGCAGGAUCAGAAUGGAAAAUAAUGUACAUUUGUGUUUCCAGAAUGAGGAACUGUUUCUUAAACCAGUAAAAAAACUCGAGGUUUUCCAACGUGAAGCCGUAUGAAAAUUCCUAAUAUCUUUAUUUACUGCAACCUACUGACCAAUAAACUGCUUAUUUUGCACUGACAAAACUUGAACCAUAGAUGGUUCAAUAAACUCAAAUACACUAGUAAAAAUGUUUAUCCUC